AUGGCCACCCUGUUCGCGUUAUCUCAGCACGAAGACGAGCUGCUCUCCCAGUUCGUGGCACGUUUUGCUACUGAGAUCCGGGGAUUCCCGGACGCUCACCCCUCUUUAAUCAUGCAGGCAUUCCUAAUGGGUUUGAAGCCUUCGAAGUUCUUCUGGUCGCUGAUCGAGAAAUCGCCAAUGAUUAUCUCCGAAAUGCUCCAGUGCGCCAACCAGUACGUCACCGCCGAAGCGUUGGUGACGGGGAGGCGCAUGGACAGCAAGAGGCCAAGGGUGGAACAAUCUUGGGGAAUGACCUUAGCAACCCUGACGCAACCCCGCCGGAGACCCGACCGACAAGAGCUACUACUCUCGAGGCCCCCGCCUCUCCCCCUGAAUACGUCCCGCACCGAGAUCUUUCUCCAAAUUAGGGAAAAGAGUCUCUUGCGACAACCUCGUCCCAUGAAGGCCACUCACAAAGAUCGGUCUAAAUAUUGCAGAUUCCACCGAGACUACGGCCAUGAUACGGAGGAUUGCCACGACCUCCAGAAUCAAAUAGAGGGACUGAUCCGGAGAGGCCACCUCGGACGCUAUCUCAGGGAACCCCGGGAAGCGACUCCGCGCCCCAGGGGACCCAUUGAAAGACAGAUCGACAUCAUUUCCGAGGGAUCAGCAAUCGACGGUAACAACUCUGCAGCGAGGAAAGCCUAUGCCCGCAGCACGGCCGAGAAACGUCCUAGGCCUGAGCUCGAGCCUGAAAUAACCUUCGGGGCUAGAGAAGUCGAGCGUGCCCAUCACAACGAUGCCCUGGUGAUCUCCAUCCAGGUUGCCAACGCCUGA